GGGCGGCCAUGCUGGGGCGGGCCCCGGCGGCGCCAUGAAGACCAUCCUCAGCAACCAGACCGUCGACAUCCCGCCCAACGUCGACAUCGUCCUGAAGGGCCGCACGGUCAUCGUGAAGGGACCCCGGGGUUCCCUGCGCAGAGAUUUCAACCACAUCAACGUGGAGCUCAGUCUCCUGGGCAAGAGGCGCAAGAAGCUCCGUGUUGACAAAUGGUGGGGGAACAGGAAGGAACUCGCCACCGUCCGCACCAUCUGUAGUCAUGUGCAGAACAUGAUCAAGGGGGUCACGCUGGGCUUCCGUUACAAAAUGAGGUCUGUGUAUGCCCACUUUCCCAUCAACGUGGUGAUUCAGGAGAACGGGUCACUCGUGGAGAUCCGAAACUUUCUGGGCGAGAAAUACAUUCGCCGGGUGCGCAUGCGGGCAGGUGUUGCCUGCGCUGUAUCGCAAGCCCAGAAAGACGAGUUGAUUCUUGAGGGAAAUGACAUUGAACUGGUGUCAAAUUCAGCCGCCCUGAUCCAGCAGGCCACAACAGUAAAAAACAAGGAUAUCAGGAAAUUUUUGGACGGUAUCUACGUCUCCGAGAAAGGAACCGUACAGCAAGCCGAUGAAUAAGCUACCGCAGUGGCUGGAGUCCGUUUAACAUGGCCUAAAACUUGAUCUGUGAUCAAAGAUACAAUAAAAUAUUAGUCGCUCUCUGA